AUGCCUUCUCUCCGUCGAACCGUCUCGUCCCCACCCGCCCGACGUGGCCCUUACUCCUAUCCGUCCUCACUUUCACAAGGCACGCCCGGCAGUGCAACCCGCCCCGGCGCCCACAACCCCCGCAGAUCAUCUGGCUCGGACGUGAACAAUCGCCGCGUGCUCGCUGAUAUCGACUGGUGGAUCGUUCAAGACGGCCAACGCGACGAUCUUGACGCAUACGACCAACGCGACGCGCCUGACGCUGCAGAGCGUGAAGGCGAGCCUGCGCCCGCUGUGGCUGGUGUUGCUGCCCCCACGCCAUUAGUUGAACACGACCUAGACCAUGUUCAUCCUAUGUGGCAGCUAGGCCCUCAAGUUGGUAGUGGCGCAGGCACUGUGGAAAACAUAUCGCUCCCGGCGCCGUCCCUCAGCGACAUUGCGAGCGAGGUUGCAUAUGGAUUCGGAUCGCUUGAGGCUCUCUCCCCGAUCCCGCAAUUUGUAGACUUGUCGAUCACGCCAAGCACGCGUCACAUACACUCGCCCGACGCGUCGUUCUCCGACUCCUCGCUCCAGAGCACGCCCUCCUCCGCACACUUCGCCCUUCUACCAGUAUCUGCGCUCGCCUUUGACGACACGCGCUUUAUGGAUUUUGAGCCCUUCGCGCUCCCCGCGGGUCCUUCAGUCCGGCGAUCUGCAACCGGAAUGACGCGCUCUGCCAGCUACUCCUUCGUCGAAGACGAACUGUCGUACGCAGUCUCGCGGCGGCGUGAGGUAGAGCGCUUCGACGAUGUGCCGAGCACACCGUGCCUGUCACCAUUCUUUUCGCUCACACGUACCGACGUGGACGAUCUGUUCUAUUGA